AUGAGCCUAAAAGUUUUGAGCAAGAAGGUGGCCUCUCACGCAGUAGCGCCGGCGCUUGCGCGCGCCGUCAGUUCCGAGAGCUACUCGGCCGCUCAGGCGGCCUUAGGUCGCCCUGUUUCUCCGCAUGUCGAGAUUUACAAAUUUCCUGUAACGGCUAUCUCGUCAAUUGCGAAUCGCUUUGCAGGCAUGGGAAUGUCGUUUGCUUUCGUGGGUGGUAGCGCAUUGGGAUUUAUUGGAGCCGAUGUUCCAGCACUUAUCUACGCCGCACAAGACACCAUCCCGUUUUUUGCACCAAUGUCCAAGGCACUUGUUGCUUUUCCUGUCAGCUACCACACGCUCUGUGGAGUGCGCCACAGCCUUUGGACAUAUAAGCCUGAGCUAAUUAAUAAUGCGGAUGGACCAAAAAGCUGCUAUGCUAUUUUUGCCGCUUCGGGCCUCAUCACUCUGGGCGCUGCAGCCUACACCAUUAAGUCGCCGGAAGAGAAGAAGAUGGACAAGUAG